UUAGGUCUGAAUAGGAACAUGGUCAUCCCAGAGUACAAGCUACGCAAGAUCUUAAGAGAAGGCAUUGAGACCAACCCAAACAAAAAUCGGAAGAGGAAGUUCAUCAAUUUGAAACUCUUUAUAAAUAAAGAUGAUAUUGCUUAUCUUGAGUUUAAUGCCUGUACGAAGCCAAAGGACACUGAGGAUAUCUGAUUUUCCUCGCGCCAGGCAUUUCCAGGGACUGUGGAGUACAAAGGAGUAAUGCCGAUUGAAUGCAUCACAUGUGAAGACUGGAUCAACCUUUGUCACAGAAACAAACUCCCUGGUGCCAUGAAUGUUAAAUAAAUUAUUCGUCUCGAUCAGAUCGUCCGUUGAGCAGAAACUUUAUAAGUUUCCCAAACAACUGGAUAUACAGAGGAGCUACGCCUCUAAAGUAGCAGCUUUUUUUGAGGAAAUGGAGAAGCUAUUUAGCACAGAACUUGUGAUUAAUGAGCUUGAAGAAGAUGAAACUAGUGACUUCGAUGAAGACCAAUACAACAAUAAUUUUAUGAAGGAUCUCAAACACAAGGAAUCCCACUACGCUUUGAAGAAUAGAGCCGUCAAGAACAACUCUAGAAAGAACUCUCCUGAAUUUGUAAACAAGUAUAAAAACAGUUAUACAAAUAAGAAAAAUAGGAUCAAUCCUUUGCAUGAUAUAGGCAGGAGCAAUCCUACUGGAAGUCGGAAAGAGUCAAAUAGAAUGGACCAUUCACCUUAUACAGAGGCUGAGAAGGCAAAGAAGUAUAUGAAGAGGCCCAAGAAUAGCAAAGAGAGUCCUAAUAUCACUGUCAUUAGGAAGGUUAGUGCUAAUAAUGCAGUGGCACAGUCCAGAGGGUCGAAGAUACCAACCACAGCGACUACUAGCCAUACUAGCUCAAUCCCUGUCUUACCUCCUGUGGUCAAGGACUCAUGGCUUAAGGAUAGACUUGGAAAGCAAAACUUGGACAACGUGAAGAAAAGAUUGCAAUCCAAUAAAUCCGAAUUUAUUGAGAUCUAUAAUGACACUGAUAAUGAAAAUAGAUCUUCAGGGGAAGCUCUCUACUAUUCAAGGAAUAAUCGCCAACAGAAUAAUAGCUCUGCAUAUGUAAACUAUAAAGCCCAGAGAUACCAAAAUAAUCAGAGAAUAGCUCCAAAGAAGAAAUUAAGAAGUGCUAACCCAAACAGCCUUAAAAUUCAUCAGAAAUUAUAUACAGAUGAACAUAAUACUUCAGUGGAGUUGGACCAGAACCAGGCAUCUGAGAAGAGGAGUGGCUUCUUUCAUAGAAGGAGGAAUAAAUUUGCUAAUUUCCAGGAAUCUAAAAUCAAUGAUAUUAUAAAGAAAAUUAGGACGAAAAAGCAAGAUAUCCAAAAUAUAGAAAAUAAGUAUUUGCAGAACACUGGAACUGCUUACUCUAAAAAUGAUCAUUAUUCUACAGAGAAGAGCACAAAUCUCAACCCUAAGAAACCUUGGAUCUCACCAACUACUUCCAAAAUUCAUCACAGACAUCACCCUCAGAAAGCUAUAAUACCUCCUAAGGUACGGAACAGUCCGUACUGAUUCAAAAAAUCAACUCCAGGCCCUAUAAAUCCCUCACAGAGCAAUUUUGCCACCAAGCCAUUUCCACCUCCCUCCAAAAAUUUCAGGUUUUCUUCUGGCAAAUAAACCUAUAAAAUCUAAAAAGAUGAAAAAGAUCAGUUCUAAACGCUUCCUUAACUCCUGGGAGAACGAAGAUAUGCUCAGCGAGGAGGACAUUAAAGAAGAGUUUGCAAUUAAUGAAAAUUUAGAGGAUGAUCCUUCACCAAGAGAAGGAUCAGCUGCCAUGCGUCUGAUCGACAGCCUCUCGAAGUUUGAAGAAUAUGAAAACUACGAUUCGAUUGAUGAGGAGCCUGAUGACGAUAGUAGCAGAGACCUUGGGAAAGUUGAGAUUAUUAGAAAAGCACAGAAUAGCAGGCUAGCAUUUCAAAAUCGACCAUACUCACCUCCAUUUAGCCAGUUUUCGAAUAAAAGUUAG